ACUACCUAUAUAAGGAGUCUUCCUCAACGCCCUUCGAAAGAAACAUUCCUCUCCCCAGAGUCAAUCAGCCGACGACUUCUUUUCAGAGUCCAUUCGAAUUAGCUACUACUGUCCGCCCUUAUUCCACAACACUCCAGCGUCUCUCCAACAUGCGUUUCGUUUCCACGAUUGUUGCCGCGUUCCUGUCCCUGGCGGCCGGCUCUCAUGCCUGGGCGCAGGAUGAUAGAGGCGUCUGGAUUGCGAAUAACCAGUUCUACGAUAUCAGGGGCGCGUGGGUUCAUGAAUCUUGCACUCACAUGAACACCCUGGAUGUCCUCCAGCCGGGCGAGUUCUGCGCCUUUUGGAUCGAUGGCGCUGGGAGGAAGUACGAGGGCCGUUGCAAUAAGGAUAUUCCCGGCCAGACUCUCUGCCUCCCUUAAGCUAGAGCGAUAAAGAACAAGGGGUGUGAUUAUCUGGGAGUAAUGGGGCAUGGUUACAUUGUCAAAUGCGUAAGAACCCGGGCUGGUGUCAUGGGGAUAUGGGCUUAUGAGGGUCAGGACAUAAUUGAGAGCUUUGUGGUUGUGUAACAUGGGUUCAAAGUGGCCAUCCAACAUGACUUUUGAUUCCAAG